AUGGAUUCCCUCUCAGAUGCUUUUGGGAAGGUAAAGAUCGAGGGCCCGCCACCCGAACCCGAUACAAGUGAGAAUCAAGAGGACGAGGACAUCCUGAAGGAGGAGUCCAUUCCUCCAACGCCCUUUCGCUUCCUCGAUCUUCCUUCCGAGAUUCGUCUGCGCAUAUAUGACCUGGUUCUAUUCACACCUUAUCGUUUGAAACCGCGGCGAGCCAAUGGAAGUGUAGGCGCCUCAGCAAAGAAUCCUCCCAUCGCUCCCUUUCGGGUCCGUGUCGCUCUGUUCCUCGUGUGCCGGCGUAUCCACGAUGAGGCUACGGAUUAUUUCUACUCUGCGCUGACUUUCCGCCUGUUCCCAAUUCAGGAUUGGUCCCGCACGCCAACUGUCAGAGCUUUGCCAGCAAGACACAAGGCGUCCGUGAGGACAAUCGAGCUGAUUCUGGGCUCCAGUUGGACCUCGCCUCCUCGGGAGUGGGUGGUGAACAAUCGGUUGGGGCUGGAAAAGAUGGUGUGCGUUCGAACGUUGAAGGUGUUCCUUGAAUGCGAUCCAUCGCAUCCUGUUUUUGAAGGCUUUCGCAUAUCUCCAGGCUUCUACACCGAUUUUGCGGGCAAGAUCCUCAAGCAGGUUCUGGAGAGAUUGCCCCAUGUGAUACAAGUGGAAUUUGAUGGUUACCCAUCUGUCUCCAAAAGCGGAAGCCUAAUGAAGCGCCUGGUACAUGAGGCGAGGGCAGCUCAGAAAAAGAUUCUCUGGGGACCCGAGCGAGGAUGGACAGACUGGGAUAGUGAGGGUGAACAAAAACCGAAUCAAGUGGAAUUUGAAGAAGCCGACUGCCAGAAUUCAGUGCAAUAA